AUGGCGCUCCGACAUGUCAGCCACGCCCCCGCGCCCGAUGAAUUCACCCCGCUCGAAGAGCACCAAACAAAAACUCCGAGCACCUUCUUCGGCGGAAAACCAGUCCUGUACGCGCACUACGCCGGAUUGACGCUGGCUAUGCCGAGCAGCAAGCUCGAAGCAAAUGCAGCUGUUGCCCGCUUCUCAACUGACUCCGAUGGCGAGAGUGUUCUGGCGAAAGGUAUCGAGGUUUGGGUGAACUCCAGGGACCUCAUCCUCUUCCAGCAUCAGCCCACUCCCACCGGUGUCACGGUUCCCUAUCCCUCAAUCGCCCUCCACGCAACCAUGAAGCGCAAUGGAGUUGAAGCGCUUUAUAUGAACCUCAGCCUCAAUGACGCCGAGCAAGUCAACGACGACGAUGACAUCGAGAUCCUGGAGCUCACCGUCUUGCCCCCGAACAAUAACUCCACCCCGGGGACGGGAUGUAUAAAUGAAAUCUACUCCGCGCUAAACGCAUGCGCCGAUCUUCAUCCCGACCCAGAUGCGUCCGACGAUGGAGACGAAGAAGAGGAAGAAGAAGAAGAUACUGCGCCAGGGACUGGCGGAUGGAUCACCGCGGAGAACAUGGAAGAGUAUCUGGAUGCAGAUGGUAACUUCAUAGGGUUAGGUGGAAGCCUAGGUGCAGGUGCUGGAUCUGUGAGGCCAAGAGAAGAGCAUGGUCAAAAUAGCCUCAAUGGAGUCCACGGAACUGAAGAUGAGGCGAAAUGGCGUCGGACAGGCUAA